GUUGUUGGUGGCGGUAUAAAAACACAAAUGAUGAUGAACACCUGUACAAAACUAGAGAUAUAAUGUUUUCGAGGUGCCAUUGUCUCAUGUUAGAUACUCAAUGUGAAAACGCGCGGUCUCCUCGCAGCUGCUGUUAAUGAUAGCGGGAGUCGUCGUCGCCGGCGUCGUUUAGUCGGGAUUCAGUUGAAGACAAGAACUCGCGUCGAGAGGUGUAUGUGUCUCGAUCAGUGCCCCUACACAAUCAAAAAAUAAAUAAAACAUCACAGAACAAUGUGCCAAAUUUGUCCGAUUUUGACUUAAAUUGGUCUCGAAAUGAUGGAUCAGAACGGGUCUGCUCAACAACCUUCUAUCCUCAGACAUUUAAAACGACCGGAUUCAUUACGUUUGGAAUUAUUAACAAUUCCUGAAGAUUCAGUGAGAAAUUCGUUUAUCCAAGAAUCUCCUGCUGAAAUUAGCCUCGGAUUUAGAAACGUUUCCUAUACCGUUCAAGAGGGGAUUUUUAAAAAUAGACGAAAAUUGUUAUUAAGAAGUGUUAAUGGAGAUUUUAUUGGCGGCGAACUUACGGCUAUCAUGGGACCCUCAGGUGCAGGAAAAACCACCUUAAUGAAUAUUUUAGCAGGUUAUACAACAACUGGCGUUACGGGAACACUUUCAGUUAAUUCAAAAAAGAGGAAUGAAGAUCUCUUUCGGAAACAAUCCUGUUACAUUAUGCAAGAUGAUAAUUUACAACCCUUAUUAACAGUAAAUGAAGCAAUGCAUAUAGCAGCCCAUUUAAAAUUGAAUCCAGGUACACCUUUAGAAAAUAAAAAAUUAAAGAUUAAAGAAAUUUUAGAAGCAUUAGGUUUGUGGCAAUAUAGAAAAAUUCGUACCAGUAGUUUAUCAGGAGGACAAAGAAAAAGACUAGCAAUUGCUUUAGAAUUACUUAAAAAUCCCCAAAUAAUGUUUUUUGACGAACCAACAAGCGGGUUAGAUAGUUCAACAACUAAACAAUGCGUAAUGUUAUUAAAACAAUUAGCUCAAGAAGGUCGAACGAUAGUUUGCACGAUUCAUCAACCCAGCGCAUCAGUUUUUGAAAUGUUCGAUCAUCUUUAUGCCCUUUCCGACGGGAAAUGUAUUUAUCAAGGAUCAAUUAAAGGACUAGUUCCUUAUUUAUCAGAAUCUAAUCUUCAUUGCCCUUCGUAUCAUAAUCCAGCCGAUUAUUUAUUAGAAGUAGCAACUGGCGAACAUGGAAAUCAAACCGAUAUUUUAGUAAAUAGAACCGCAAACGGUUUAAAUUGUGAUUGGAGAAAAACUCAAAGGGACACCAUCGAACUGCAAUCUAUAGAACAUAUUGAUAAAAUGAUGAAAAACGGAUUAGUAACACCAGUUAGAGCACCAUCUAUAGCAUUUCCUAGUUUUUCAAAAUCUCCAAUUGAAUCCAGAAAAACGUCGGAUCCUAAAGGAAUUUGUUACGACGGGCAUUAUUCUACCUCCUUUUUCAAACAACUUUACAUAUUAAUAAAACGAACCUUUUUAAUAUUAAGCAGAGAUAAAACGUUAACAAUUUCGAGGAUUUUAACCCACAUUACAAUUGCAUUAUUUUUGGGGACGCUGUAUUUUGGAAUUGGAAAGGAUGCCUCAAAUGUACUCAACAAUUUUAAUUUUAUUUUUUUUACCGUCAUGUUUCUUAUGAUGACUGCUAUGAAUUGUGUCAUUACAACUUUUCCAUCGGAAAUGCCUAUUAUAAUCAGGGAAAAUUUUAAUCGAUGGUAUUCGUUAAAAUCUUAUUAUUUAGCUAUUUCAAUAGCUGAUAUGCCUGUGCAGAUGUUCGCAACAUUAUUAUAUGCCGUUACAACUUAUUUCAUGACUGCCCAACCAAUAGAAUGGUACAGGAUAUUUCUUUUUUUAAAUAUGUGCAUUCUUAUUUCCCUGGUUGCUCAAGGAUUUGGAUUAUUUAUUGGAGCUUCUAUGGACUUAAAGAACGGCGUGAUAUUCGGUCCAUUUUUCCUCUUACCCUUCAUUAUCUUCUCAGGUUUUUUCGUCCAAUUAUACGAUGCUCAUCCCUAUCUACAGUGGUUGUUUCACAUAUCUUACAUAAAAUAUGGAUUUGAAGGUUUAAUGUUAUCAGUUUUUGGAUACGAUCGCGCGAAAAUGCCAUGUAACGCCGAUUAUUGCCAUUACGUGUAUCCAAAAAAAUUUCUAGAACAAGUCGACAUGACGGACGCGGUUUACGCGCAUUGCGUACUUUUCUUAGUUGGAAUUUUAGUUUUUGUGCGCGUGAUUGCGUUUAUUGCUUUAUACAUUCAAAUUAGGCGACGAAGAUGAUUUUUAAAAAACAUUUUUUUAGUGCGUUAAAUUUUAAUUAAACGGACCAAAAGAUAUUAGAUUUUUAAUAGAGUUUCUUUUGUAUUUAUAUAUCUUAGUUUAUUUUUUAAUUUUGUUGUUAAGGUGGUGCUAUUUCUCCGCGGUUUCUAAGUUUUGAUCUUGUAGUAUUUUUACCAAAGCUGUUUAUUUUUUUUUAUGACUACUAUUAUUAUUAUUAUUUUUUUUUAAUCGGGAGGAGUUCGUACAGCUUUAUUGUGAUUUUUUUUAGGAAAUACGUUGCAUAUCUGUCUUUAUGGACGUUUGUACAAAUUUUAUACGUUUGUAUUUUAGGAAAUAUACUGAGUAUUUUAGUAAU